AUGGGCUCGACACAAUUCGGCAACUUCUAUAACUUUUGCCGGGAUUCAACGCUGCCCGUCUGCAAUGUGCUUUCCGACAAUCACAGCCAGGACGGACCAUGGGGCGGCUGCCAAUUGACAGGAAUUCCUCUUAGUGGCGGUCACAAGCUGGGCAACCUGGGCUCUAUUUUGCUUUGCUUCAUCGCCAUCCUCACGGCUGGUUAUUUGUAUUUCCGAUCAGAGCGGAAAAAGGCUGCUGUCGGCCGGAGGGAAAUGCAACUGUUCCUGGUCGCAUUUGGUAUCCUACAACUAUGCGAGAUUUUCACCGUUGGAGACUUUCCUCUGGCUGAUAAUGUUCGAAUCGCAUUCACUGGCAUUCACAUUGGCAUUAUAAUUGCGGCCACUUGGAUCUUAAUGCUCAAUGCUGUUGUUGGCUACCAAAUCGUCGACGAUGGAACGCCGUUGUCUAUGGGUCUCAUCCUUGGUUCCGCCUUCAUACUCUUCGGCGGCACGUUAUACAUCACACUCGACACUGGUUUCCACUGGACCGGAUACUGGGACUCGUCUUAUCAGUCGCCCCCCAACCGCCACAUUGCUCUCUACAUUCUGUAUCAAUUGGCACCUCUCGUCUUUCUCGUCGCCUUCUUCGUUCUUGAGGCCAUACUCGUCGUUCGCAUCCUCGGCGAGAUGCGACCUAUGAUCUACCUGACGGCUGCCUUGUUGCUAUUCGCCAUCGGCCAAAUUUUCAACUACGUUGUCAGCUCCCAUAUCUGCAACGGCACUUCGGGCAAGAUUGACGGCGCCCUCUUCGAAACGCUCUUCACCCUUUUGGCCGUCGUGACGGUGUGGAUCUUCUGGUCCAGCAUCACCGAAGACGACUGGCCAAUGCCUGUCGGAAACGCAUACCCUUAG